AUGAUUCAUAUUUCGAUUCCAACAACGCAAACACUAGUUGAAAUAGACGGAAGCCGUACGUAUGAUGCAUUUGAUAUAUACAUAAAUGGUGCUUAUCAUGCAAGCAUACGAUAUUCUCAUUUGUUGAAGCUUCAUGAAAAGUUGCGUAGCCAUUUCGGAUCAAAAUUAAGAACACCCGAUUUUCCAUCGAAAAAGUUGUUCCGAACAUUGGAUCACAAAACGUUGGAAGAACGGAGAUUGGCACUGGCACGUUAUUUUCAGUCAAUAGUUCAGCUUCAGCCAAUCGCUCAACAUUUUAUAACUGAAAACGCUUUUCUUAAUUUCCAAAUCGAAUCAUUUCGACCAUCAUCUAGUAACGUCUCAGUUGACAUUUUCAUGGCAGAUGGUACCAAGGAGACUAUUCGCUGCAACCGAUUUGCUGACAUUAUUGGUUUGGGUACUGAAAACGUUGGACAUUUUGGUUUAUUUGUGGCUAAACGACGGUAUGCUAAUGGUGAUGGUCAUUUUGUGUCUUCCCUUAGUUCAAUGAAAUACCCGGAUACACUGUCUGUGCGACUGUUACGAAAUUUUGAGUCACCUUAUUUAUCGAUCCAUUUGUUGAACCAGAAAUCGGCUGCGACAGGAGUGUUUUAUUUCAUUGUUAUUAGGAAAUUAGUUUGGGAUCCGAAAAUUGAGGAAGAGCUUAUGGAUGAUCCGGGAGCUGUUCUAUUGCUAUACAAGCAGGCAGCAUGUGAUCUGCAUAAUGGUCAUUUUGUUCCCCGUCAAACAGAUAUCAAAAAUCGUUUGUUAGCUUUGGAAGAGAAAGGCAGUUGUACUCAGUUUCUUCGUUUAUGUCAUUUGGAACCAAACUACAGUUAUGAAGUUUUGGAGCCUUGUUCAAGUAAUUACCCACGACCAGGAACAGAAUGCAAUUUGAAGGUUGGCCGACGUCAUAUACUUUUGGAAUUCAAAGAUGAGGAAACUAAGGAUGGUGUUGCGCGCGCAGAGUUUCGAGCAACGAGAAUUCGUGUAUGGCGAAUUUCUCAGCAUGAUAAUAACGGCUUUACUUUUUUGUUCGAAUAUCUAAUAUCAAAGGGGAUAUUUCAGUGGAUCACUCUGUAUACCAAUCAGGCCAUUUUGCUUUCUUUAUUGCUUCAAUCGAUUGGUUUUGAAAUUCUCAAGGAACAUCGCUCCUUAAUGACCACGUUUGGUGGACAUGAGUAUGAUUAUCCAGCAAAAAAUCUGUUCAAAAUUUAUUCUUCGCAAGAGGAUGAAUCGAUAGGAUCUCCCGUUAUUUCAAGAGCUGCCCAGUAUUUAACAGCAGUGGAGAAUGGUGAACGGAAGAAUUCGAUACAGCCGAAAGAGGUCGAAGAAAGUGGAGUCAUUGCAAAUCGUAACUCAUUAACGAAUAGUCAAAGCGACAACGGUAGCGUUCGGUCAGUGGGCACAAAUAAUCGUUAUGAUAGUACCAUCCAUAUGCAGCAUACAGAAUCGAUUGCCAGCGAUUCGAAUGAAUCUGUACGAGAUGCUUUUACCACAAUUUCGAACGCAUUGCCGUUCAGAAAUGAAGGAUUUGAAAUUACAGACGAUGACUUAUAAUCGUUUUUCGGCGAUGUGAAAUUAGCAAAGGAGAUCAUAAAUUUCUCUUUUCAGUAAUUAUUUUCUUCAUUUAGUAAAAUUGUAGUUCACUGCUUUGUAUUAUACAAAAUACUACUAUCUCUGCUUACAUUUUGAGCUCUUAUUUGUGAAGAUCCUUUUUUUGAACGAGAAGUAUUGCAAAUGCCAGUGUUCGAUAGAUCUUUAUUUGUGAUUUUUUU